AUGACAAGAUCAUCCCCUACUCUUUCCAUGGAAAAGGCACAACAGCAGUUCCGAGAGCCACCGCCAGCUAGAUUAACCAUAAAUGCGGUGUCUGCCAACAGCAGCAGUGCUCGACCACACGCCAUUUCGCCCAACGGCUACUCUGCCAACUCGCCUGGCUCAUACACCAGCUACUCUUCUGCAGACUAUUCAUCCAUCGGUGUCUUGAACAACAACAUCAAGAUGAAGUGA